AUGCGUAACACAUGUGUGCUGUUGCUGGCCGUGCUGGCCCUGCUGGCGGUGGCGCUCGCCGUCUCCGCUCACAGAGACGACGAGCGCUGGGGGAGGCGGGGCGAGGAGGAGCGGUGGCCGGAAGGGCGGGGAAGGAGAGAGGAGGAAGAGAGAGGCGAGGAGGAAGAAGAGAGGCGGUCGGAGAGGCGGGGGAGGCGGCGCGAGGAGGAGAGGGGCGGGGACGAGGGGGGCACGGGGCGGCGGGAGGGGGACGAGUGGUUCCUGCUGCAGGAUGCGAAGUCGGUGGUGAGGACUUACGCGGGGAGCAUGAAGGUGGUGAAGGGCUUCGGCCGGAGUCCGAUGCAUAUCGGCUUCAUCACCAUGGAACCUAAGAGCUUGUUCGUUCCUCAGUAUCUCGAUUCCUCGCUCAUCCUCUUCGUUCGCAGAGGGGAAGCAAGAGUGGGGAAUAUAUACAAAGAUGAACUGGUGGAGAGGAGAUUGAAGGUGGGAGAUAUAUACAGAAUCGGGGCCGGAUCGGCUUUUUAUCUGGUGAAUGAAGCGGAAGGCCAGAGGCUUCAUAUAGUCUGCAGCAUUGAUACAUCAGACUCCUCCUUACCUCACACAUUUCAAUCUUUCUACAUUGGUGGCGGAACGUAUCCAAAAUCGGUGCUCUCUGGAUUCGAUCGUCUCACGCUGUCAACAGCACUCAAUGUGACAGAAGAAGAAGUGAAUGAUAUGCUGACUAGCCAAGACGAAGGCCCGAUCGUGUAUUUAUCGAACACGACUCAUUCUCCGAGAUCGUCGAUGAGGCGAAUCUCCCAAAUGAGAGGAGAAGAAUCGACAUGGUCGUUUAGGAAGAUGAUGAACUCUUUCUUGGAUUGGAGUGACAAGAAGAAGGGGGAUAAGAAAUGGGGUGGAAGAACCGGCAAAGGCCCGGAUGCUUACAACCUCUACGACCGAAAGCCCGAUUUCAAGAACGAUUACGGGUGGAGCAUUGCUCUCGAUCAUAAGGCUUAUCCCCCCCUUAGGCACAACGAUAUCGGAGUCUAUCUUGUCAACCUCACCGCGGGAGCGAUGAUGGCGCCUCAUAUCAAUCCGAUGGCGAUCGAGUAUGGCAUUGUGUUGAGAGGGAGUGGGACGAUACAAAUAGUGUAUCCAAAUGGGAGCUUGGCCAUGAAUGCCAAAGUGAAUGAGGGAGAUGUGUUUUGGAUACCUCGCUUCUUCCCCUUCUGCCAGAUUGCGUCGCGGACGGGCCCGUUCGAGUUCUUCGGGUUCACCACCUCGGCACGGAACAACUGGCCGCAGUUCUUGGUGGGCGCCAACUCGUUGCUCCACGCCCUGAGAGGGCCCGAGUUUGCGGCUUCCUUCGGGAUGAGCGAGGCCGGGCUCGAUGGCAUCAUUGAUGCGCAACGGGAGUCGGCCAUCCUGCCGACGGCCACGGUGGCUCCCCCGGAUGAGAGAGCUCCGGUUGGAGGUGGGGUGAGAGAGAUGGUGACUUAAGUUUUGGAGCGAGUGGUGAAAUGGGGAUUGUGUUAGUUUGUGGUAAAAUGUGAAUUGGUGUUUGUAAUUGUUUUGUUUAUGUGUCCUUUUGAGUUUGGAUGAUUUUGUAGAUGUUGGCAAUGUGCACUUUUCGAAAGUUGUGAAUAAUCUGGACUAGUUCGUUAAUUCUUGUC